GCUUAUUCACACGCAUUACAGAACAAAGAUUCAAAUUGAGUCCUUAAAAACAAAUCGGGAUAUAACUUCUUCAAAACAAAGAAUGAUGAGUGUCCUAACCGUCUAUGCCGUUGUAUUAUUUCUUGGUUGACAUCCUUACUUUCCCCAAAAAAGGCUUGACUAGAGUUUUGAAUCUCAUCUAAUAUAUACAAGUCAUCACGCAAUCUACCACUGCCAAUCCUUUUCCCUAUUUGAAGAUCCUGAAAAAUACAAUGAUCGGGAAAGAACUCGAUUUUACAGUUUAGAGUUUUGGUGAUGGCACUAACAGAUAAAAGAUUAAUAGGGAACUCAGGGACAUGGAGCACGAAUGAUAGUUUAAUAUCAGGAGUACAAAUGACAGAACAUGUUCCAGAGAUAGGUGUUAAAGAACCAUUUGCUAUUUUAACAUUAUCUCCUUUGAGAGACGGAGAAUAGUUUUGAAUGCCUUUAGAAAAGCCUGUCAUGUGUCUAUUUGCACCAGAAUCGACAAUCCAAGAAUUAAGGUUAUCUGCAAAGCAGUACCUGAUUGCACAUGAUUGGAUAUGACAACAUUAGCGGAGUCAAGUUUGGCUAAGAGGUGACGGAGAAGCUGAAUUUCUUCCGAAGACAAGAUUUCUCCAGAAACCGUCUCCUUGAAUGUCUCCAUAAUUUAGCCCAAUCAGAAGGAAAUCAGAAUGAGUUUAUGUUGCGGACUUGACCUCUUUGAUAAAAAAGGAACCCUAGUACUGCGAGGGAGAUAACUCACCUCAAAAAGGCAGCAAUGACUCUGAUACCAUGAUAAGAAUGGACCUUGGGCCUAACUCAAGCCCAAAAGCUAGCUUAUGAGGUGAGGAUUGCCCAAGCCAUAUAAGGAGACCAAAGACUUCAAAUCCCUUCGAUGUGGGACAACUCAAUACCCCCGUCACGUCAGGCCUCUGGAGCGUGGACAACAUAAAUGGGGGCCCAACAUCGGUACAAUAAUUGGGAUGGGCCUGACUCUGAUACCAUAUUAAAUGGACCUUGGGCCUAACCCAACCCCAAAAGCUAGCUCUAGAGGUGAGGAUUGUCCAAAUCCAUAUAAGGAGACCACCCAUCCCCUUCAUUGUCUCAACACCCCCUCUCACGCCCAGGACUGGACAUCUGGAGCGUGGACAAUUAUGGGGGCCCAACAUCAGAAAAUCGGGAUGGGUCCUUCUCUGAUACCAUGUAGAUUUUGAGAAUGAAGAAAAUGCUUAUUGUAUUUUUGUGUAUGUUUACAUCCCAUGAACAAGAGAAUUUAUACAAAGCUCCUAAUGCUAAUUAAGGAAAUAAAAUAAAUCUAUACAAUCAAUCCAGCUAUCAAAUCAAAUAAAAUUAUAUCUCCUAAAUAUAAUCAAAUCUCCGGAAAUCAUGCUAAUCAACACUCCUAAAUCAAGUCUCCUUGAAUCAUGCUAAUUCAACACCUGCAAGUCCUACAACGGUAGUUGUUUUCCCUUAAAAAGUAUUUUUCAUGAAAGCUUAAACCUAGAAAUUACAGGCUCUACUUAUCUAGAGAAAGUGUUUAAUAUCAGUGUUAUUUACUAAAUCUUCUCAUAUGCUCUUAUCAGUCGCAUAGCGGGUGGUUCCAAUAUUUUGGUAGGCGUCUCUGGAAUUUACUCUUCCAUCAAUUACGGUUUGCUCUCAUGCUUUAUAAUUCUACAAGUAGCAUAUAAGUAAAUACUUAAACAUAAUCUACGAGAAAGAUGAAUAAAAAAUUCCCUCCCAUAUCAUCGUUCUGUGAAUUCAAUUCCUAAAAUGAUAGAAAGUUAAUGCAUGUCAAUCUAUCUAUGGGAACCAAAGAAAUUUUGAAUUCUAAUCAACUAAUUUUACUAGAAAAAUAUAAACAACACUGGUAGGAACGAUGUAGAGGUGCUAACUAUGUUAGGCGUGUUGGAAGACGUUUGACCUUUGUGUUGACUGCCCGUGGAGAAAAAAAAUGUAAGCCCACUUAUUAGUGUAAAAAUUAAUGGAUUUAGAUUCAUGAAAUGUAACUUGAGUAUCAUGCACAAUCCCCCACCACUCCACCCCUUAAGAAAACGAUAGAGAAGUUCUUACCCAAUUUAAGAAAAAUUUUGUAUAGGAAGAGCUUAUUCCGUCAAGAAAAUAUUGAUAAUCUUCCUUGUGGCACUUGAGAGAAUAACGAGAGAGGAAUUUGCUCCACGGAAAAAAAGAGAAAGAGAGAGUGCAUAGUGUGAACUGAGACUGUCAGAUUACCUAGAUUACAUUACUUACUCUUUUUGUACUUCCUCCUUAGGCAUUUUAUUAAUUUUUCCUCCUUAUGAAGCCAAAUCUUAAUUUUUCCUCCUUAUGAAGCCAAAUCUUACUUUAAUUUCUGAAGAGAAAUCCAAAGGCCCCGAUUCUUCUUCUACCAAAUAGUACAAAAAUUAAAUAACUACCCUUAUAUACUAAUACAUACCGAAAAACAAAAAGAAAAAAACUAUAUUAAUAGGGAAAUCAAGAAAACAACAGAGGUAGAAUUCACCAGAUACAAAAAAGGUUGUCUUUUUCAGUGCAUUGCAAUCAACUUCUUCCUUCAUUUUAUCAAAUCCUCUUGGUUUUAAUCUGGACGACAUGUUAGAAGAUCAGUCUUGUUUGGUUUCAAAGGAUUGUCAGAGAGAAAGUAACUUGGUGGCUUGCAUGAAUGGCAAGGAGCCAUUGGUAAAUUAUCAGGAGCGUGAACUUGUGAAAUGCAAGUUGCCAAAUAAGUCUGAUGCUUUCAACAAACUGGAAGUCGCUCUAUCUUUGGGAAACUCUUCAGCAUCCCCGAACGAGCAAGCUGGCAAUAAACGUCAUGCUGGGGAUAAUUCUGAUUCGAGCUCUCUUAUUCAUGCCAUUGGCCGUGACAAUUCCAUCAGUUGUCUCAUUCAUUGCUCUCGGUCGGAUUAUGGUUCCGUAGCAUCUUUGAAUCGUAGCUUUCGCUCAUUGAUUAGGAGCGGAGAACUUUACAAAUUGCGGCGGGAAAAUGGUGUGGUUGAGCAUUGGGUUUAUUUCUCCUGCCAACUGGUUGAAUGGGAAGCUUUUGAUCCUAGUCGCGGUCGUUGGAUGCAUCUGCCAGCUAUGACUCCUGAUGAGUGUUUCGUGUUGGCUGACAAGGAGUCGUUGGCGGUUGGCACAGAGCUGCUUGUGUUUGGAAAGGAGAUCUUUUCGCUUGUCAUUUAUCGUUACAGUUUAUUGACAAACACGUGGUCAUCUGGGAUGCGGAUGAAUGUACCGAGAUGUUUGUUUGGUUCUGCCAGCAUUGGGGAGAUUGGCAUUCUAGCUGGUGGCUGUGACUCACAAGGCAAUAUACUUAGCUCAGCUGAACUUUACAAUUCGGAGUCAGGAACGUGGAAGACUUUACCGAGCAUGAACAAGCCACGUAAGAUGUGUUCAGGGGUAUUCAUGGAUGGAAAAUUUUAUGUGAUAGGAGGAAUUGGAGGAGCCGAAUCGAAGCGGUUGACUUGUGGGGAGGAGUAUGAUCUGGAAAAAGGAACGUGGCGUGAAAUCCCAAACAUGUCUCCGGUGCAAGCUAACGCUGCUAGGAAUGAUAUGCCUGCUACAUCUGAUGCACCUCCUUUGGUGGCAGUUGUAGACAAUGAGCUGUACGCGGCUGAUUAUGCUGACAUGGAGGUGAGGAAGUAUGACAAGCAAAAUAAAGCGUGGGUUACCAUAGGACGGCUGCCCGAAAGAGCAGCUUCCAUGUAUGGUUGGGGUUUGGCUUUUCGAGCAUGUGGUAACAGGCUAAUUGUAAUUGGUGGACCCAAGGGAGGUGCAGAAUAUAUUGAAGUGAAUUCAUGGGUUCCAAGUGAAGGGCCGAUACAAUGGGACUUGCUUGGCCGAAAGCGAUCUGGUAGCUUUGUGUAUAACUGUGCUGUCAUGGGGUGCUGAUCUUAUAAUCCUGGUCGUUUGUCCUUGAUGAUGUUAUCUUUAUCCAUCUUUCUUUUUGUUUUAAGUUCAUGUUUGUUCUUUUCUAGCAAUCUUUAUUGUUGUAUUGCAAUAUCCAUUUAAGGGGAAAAAUAGGACAAUGAAAUUCCAUAAUUGUACGCUGAUAGACAAGCGAGCUCCUAUCUCAUCUCAUCUUAUUUUCCCUCCUUUAUAAGAUUUGAUAUGUUUGAAAAAUAGUUGCAUCUUCGUGAAUUCACACCAUUACUUCUUGAGAUAUGACAUAUGCAUAUGUUUUACGUGA